AACAGCUGUUGCGCAUUGUUGUUAUUAUAAUUUAUAAAUUCGCAGAAUAACAAUGAAUCUUUAAAAUUAGAUAUUUUUUUAUAACUUAGUCACCUAAUCUCUAAAUUUUUGUGAAUUUAAUCAUGGAAUUACGUAGAAUCGGAUAUGCAGUCUUCAGGGGUGUAUACGACAGCUUCAGGGGCAUGUUCGCUGUCCUAUCAUUAGACAAAGAAAUCAACGACCGUAAAGUAAGAUACUCACCGACAAGAAUAAAUUCGAUUAGGCAAAAACCCCUCGAUUCGAAGGAAACAACCCCCGUAAGACAAUUAAAAAAACAUGAGGAAUCGAAAGUAAUGAAGAGGAUAAUUCAAUGCGGAGUGUUAAACGGGGGAAUAUUUUUAAUAAGUAUCCUCCUUUUUGAGUACGGACUUUUGCCUACGAUAAACAAAUUGUUGGGUUACAUAUUUGGAAAUGAAUCCUUCAUGGGAAAACUAGUUUGGUCUUGGAUAGAGCCUAUAUUGUCUUUUAUAUUUAAAACAGUAUGGGUUAUACCGUUGUUUUUAUUAAGCAAAGUGGUGAAUGCUUUGUGGUUUCAGGACAUCGCGGAUUCGGCCUACAGGCAUACGCGAGGGCGGCCGGUAUUUUCUCAAAGCCUCAGCAAAGUAUUGGCCGAUUCGAUAUUCAGCAUACUGAUACAAUUGUUGUUUUUAAUACAAGCGAUGGCUGUGAGUUACAUACCUAUCAACAUGGUAGGGUACACGUUAUCCUCGGUGCAAAUGUGCAUGUUGUAUUCCCUGUACGCGUUCGAGUACAAGUGGUUCAACAUGGGAUGGGAGUUGCACAAAAGGUUGUCAUUUAUAGAAAGCCAUUGGCCCUAUUUUAUCGGCUUCGGUUUGCCUAUGACUGUUUUUACUCAGCUCUCUGAUUCGUGGAUAAUAAGUGGUUGCGUGUUUUCCAUUUUGUUUCCAUUUUUUAUUAUAAGCGGAAACGAAGCUGUUCCCGUCCUUAACUCAAGUGAUUAUCCACUGCAUUUUUUCGCACCGGUCAUCGGAGUGUCGAAUAUUCUCUUCAGCAAAACUAUCGGUAACACGAAAAGGUGAAUAAAUGUUGUUAAAUAUUAAACUGUAAAUACGAAACUUUAAUUUUUAAGAAAAGAUUAGACAAGUUGUUUCGUUUUGUUUUUAUUUGUAUGAUGAAAGCAGUGUUGUUUUUUAAUUUUGUCAUAAAAUAUUUAAGUUUA